CCGGCGGGCGCCCGGCGGCAGCUGGUCUAUGUGUUCACGACCUGGCGCUCGGGCUCCUCCUUCUUCGGGGAGCUCUUCAACCAGAAUCCCGAGGUGUUCUUCCUCUACGAGCCCGUGUGGCAUGUCUGGCAGAAGCUGUACCCCGGCGAUGCCGUCUCGCUGCAAGGGGCAGCCCGCGACAUGCUGAGCUCCCUGUACCGCUGCGACCUCUCUGUCUUCCAGCUCUACAGCACGGCCGGCGCCGGCAAGAACCUCACCACGCUGGGCAUCUUCGGCGCCUCCACCAACAAGGUCAUCUGCUCCUCGCCCCUCUGCCCGGCCUACCGCAAGGAGGUGGUGGGCAUGGUGGACGACCGCGUGUGCAAGAAGUGUCCCCCGCAGCGCCUGAGCCGCUUCCAGGAGGAGUGCCACAAGUACCGCACGCUGGUCAUCAAGGGCGUCCGCGUCUUCGACCUGGCAAUCCUGGCCCCGCUCAUGCGGGACCCGGCCCUGGAGCUCAAAGUCAUCCACCUGGUGCGCGACCCCCGCGCGGUCGCCAGCUCCCGCAUCAAGUCCCGGCACGGGCUCAUCCGGGAGAGCCUGCAGGUGGUGCGGAGCCGGGACCCCCGCAUCCACCGCAUGCCCUUCCUCGACGCCGGCCACAAGCUGGGCGGCAAGAAGGAGGGCGGCGGCGGCUCGGACUACCACGCGCUGGGCGCCAUGGAGGUCAUCUGCAGCAGCAUGGCCAAGACCCUGCAGACCGCCCUGCACCCCCCCGACUGGCUCCGGGGCAACUACCUGGCUGUGCGCUACGAGGACCUGGUGGUGGAGCCCAUCAAGACCCUGCGGCAGGUCUACGGCUUCGUUAACCUGACGGUGAGCCCGGAGAUGGAGAAGUUCGCCCUCAACAUGACCAGCGGGCCGGGCUACUCCUCCAAGCCCUUCGUGGUGUCGGCCAGGAACGCCACGCAGGCGCUGAGCGCCUGGAGGACCGCGCUGAGCUUCCCGCAGAUCAAGCAGGUGGAGGAGUACUGCCAGCAGCCCAUGGCCCUGCUGGGCUACGAGCGGGUGGGCAGCCCCGAGGAGGUGAAGGACCUCAGCAGAACGUUGCUCAGGAAGCCGCGGCUGUGACGGGCGCGCGAGCCCGGCCCUCCUGGCCUGAGGGAGGGAGGGAGCCGGGAAAAGCAGCCUGGUUUCUGAUUUCCUCCAAAGAACUGCCGAAGGGUAACAUACAGUAAUGCGAUGAUUUCUUUCUA